AUGGGAAACGAAGUUAGUUUAUUGAAAGAAAGGAAAAUAUUAUCCAUCGAAUCGAAUAAACUUCUGCUACAAUUAGCUGACGUUGUAAACACUACUGCAAUUAACAAGGAAAGCAUAACACUGAUAUGGUUCGACAAAAAUAUCAAUGUGAAUGAAGAUACUAAAGAAACUGCAAGAAGACUUCGUGAAAUAAAUGACUAUGUCGUGUGUCAUAAGCAGCUUGAGGAAUGCGUUGAAUAUAUAAAAUCUAUUCAAAAUGAAAAAAUAUUUAUCGUCACCUCGGGAGCUGGUGCUCUAGAUAUUUUACCGUUUCUUCAGAACUGUACACAAAUUGAUUCCAUAUUUAUAUUUUGUAUGAGACGGGAAAAGUACGAACAUUUACCAGAUGAAUAUCGGAAGAUAGUCAGCGUAUUCACAGAUAGAGAAGAAUUAAUCAAAUCGAUUAAAGAGAAUAUUGAGCUAGUUGAAAAACAUCUUGAAACAUUCAGUUUUUAUGAUAACAAUCAAAAAUCAACAAAAGAUUUAUCUAAGGAACAAGCAUCUUUUCUUUGGUUUCAAUUGUUUAAAGACAUUAUUAUUCAAAUGCCAAAGACAAUUGAAUCUAAACAAGAAAUGAUUAAAACAUGUAAAGAAUAUUACCAUGGAAAUGAAGUUGAACUGGAUUAUAUUGAAAAAUUCGAUAGUACAUACAAGCCGGAAGAUGCUAUCACAUGGUAUACAAAACAAUGUUUUGUUUACAAAAUGAUUAAUAAGGCAUUAAGAACCGAGGAUAUUGAACAAUUGUACAUUUUUCGAUUUUAUAUUGCCGAUCUUAGUAGUUCACUCUCACAGGAAAAGGAGAAACAAAAUUUCGAUCUUAUUCACCUUUAUCGUGGCACAAAAUUAUCAUUGGAUGAAUUGGAUAUGUUACGAAAUAAUGAAGGAAAGUUGAUGUCAAUGAACGGUUUUUUGUCAACGAGUCAAUCUCGAGAACAGGCUCUAAUUUUUGCUACAAAAUUUACCAAACGUACUGACUUAUUACAAGUUUUAUUCGAUAUUGAAGUUGAGCAAAACCAAUCAGGUUCUAUUUUUGCUGAUAUAGCUAAAUGCAGCUGUUAUCCAUAUGAAGAAGAGGUGCUGUUUGAUAUAGGAUCUGCAUUCGAGAUUCUAAUGGUAACCUACAAUGAAAGACGAAAUCUCUGGACGGUGAGUUUAAGAGCAACCAAUCAAGGCACGGAAGCGGCAAAAGAAUGGAUCAGUAUGAAUCGAAACGAAAUAAAAGCUACAUCAGUCGCAAUCAUGUUCGGUACUCUUCUUGCUGAAAUGGGCGAAUACAAUAAAUCACUAAAAUAUUUCGAAAAUCUAGCGCAGAAUCCUCAAGAAGAAAAUUUGUCUCUAAUCUACGAUAAUAUUGGUCAUGGAUAUCGACUGAAACGCGACUAUGACAAAGCACUUUGUAAUUACCAACGAGCCUAUGAUCUAUCGCUAAAUGCUCAACCAUCACGUGUCCAAGACACUAUGAGAAUAUCAAAUAACAUCGGCGUUGUUUACUACGAAAUGAAAGAAUAUAAAACGGCGCUUGAACAUUUUGAAAAAGCACUACCCGUCUUAGAAGAACAUCAUAAAAAGAAUAGACAAACGGCUCAUACUCUGAAUAAUAUUGGUCUCGUCUACAGUGAACAAGGCGACUAUGUUCGUGCCCUGGAAUAUUUAACGAAAGCUCACAGAAUGCGAGAAGCAAUGCAUAGCAAACAUCCAGAUACUGCAGCAAGUCUGAGUAAUAUUGGAAUGGUUUAUCAUUAUAAAAGAUUUUUUGAGACCGCUUUAACUUUUUAUGUGAGAGCGUUGGAAAUGUACACGGAAUUGUUACCUCAGGGACAUUUAAAUAUAAAACAAACAGAAGAAAACAUUAAAUUGACCAAAGGGCAGCUUAAUAAGAGUUCAACGUAA